AUGAUAGAUCUGCUCGAUUUGGAAUUCAAAACUUAUCUCUACAGUCUAAGUAUACUUAGUGAGAUAAAUCCAAUCAAAGUUGUAGAAAUAGAAGCUGGACUAAGAAUAUCAAAAUUAUUCGAAAUUGGAUUAAAAGAUAUUGGAUUAAAGGAUCAAACUGAAAAAGAUGAUGAUAUAAAAUCGGAAGAGUCAAAGACUAAAGUGGAAGAAUCGGGAACAAGUGAAGAGAAACAAGAAAAAAAGGUAGUGGUUUUAAAUGAUCUCGUGACCCAUACGAACGUCCUAAGACCAUUUUUUAAGAGAUCUGGAAAGUUCUAA